GAAAAAAACCCAGAAAAGUCAUGUGUAUUAAAGUUUUUAAGUAGGCAGACCAUUUCAAGUGAAUGCUCAAGGUCAAGCUUUGAAAUUAACGUAAAAAAAAUAAUCUCAAAUUUGUUUUUGUAAUGGAAUUUGAGUACCAGUACAAAACCAACAAACCAAGGAGCCCUAAAGCACUUAUUCACUUGAAACUAACCCACUUAUUAAAAUCAUCGGCCAUUCAAGGCCAUCUUUUAUCCACAUUUAAAACGUAAUAUACCAAUCCUCUCAGCUGCUCAGAUUGAUUGUCCAGGCUCAGGAAGGGAUGGGGGGAGGGGUGCUGUAGCAUGCCUACUUUUUUGAACAGGGGUGUAGGAAUAUACACAUGCUCUUAUAUGCCGAGUACACCAGUGCUCAUCACAGGCUAAAUAUACACAGCACCCCUGGGCACUGAUAUGUUUCAGUCCUGGUGUUACUCAUUGUUAAAUCGUUUGGAUUGAGGUUACAAAGGUCAUUGUGGCAGACAGGCUGUUCAACUCUGAGCCUGCCUAUUAAGAUACAGGUGUGUCUUGGAAAGCCAGGCUGUAGUCUGUCUCUACUGUUCCUUGCUGAAUGUUACAAUAGUAAGGAACUUCAUAUCCAGUUUGUGAGUUUUUAUUAGCUUUGGAUUUGCUAUAUAGCAUGCUCACCAAUGCAUGUGCUGAAUAGCUUCUGAGUUCAAGUAAAUCAUUUGUGUUUGUAACGGUCUAUGUCUGCAUUCCUUGCAAAAUGGAGAGAAACGUAAAGCAGCGAAAGGGGAAAAAACACACGUCUGGUUCCAAACCAUCUGUGCAGCCUGAGAAAUCCGCAAGCGAGAGGUCUGCAUGGAGUAAAAGGCUUACUGCAUGUGCUGUUAUGGCUACUGCAUUAGGCAUUGUGGUAUACCUUCUGCCUAGCCCAGUUGAUCCAGUUCCCCUUUACUUGCCAUCCCCUCCGGUGCUGGAAGGACCCCUAGCACCAAAUACAUUACUUCAAGGAGCAGAGAGGCUGCUGGAGGGAAAAGUGUUUGGACCAGAGGCUUUGGAGAUGAGAGAUGGUGCAGUGUACACGGGAACUGGAGAUGGACAAGUUGUCAAGAUAGAAAAUGACCAAAUAACGACCAUUGCAAGGUUUGGAUCCCCGCCCUGUGGACUUCAAAAAGAUGAGCACAGGUGUGGGCGGCCACUGGGACUGCGGUUCCACUCUGAUGGAUUUCUGUACGUGUUAGAUGCGUAUCUUGGGUUGUUCAAAGUAAAUGUGGAAACAGGUGACACAACAAAGCUUCUGUCAGGUGAGGAUCCCAUCGGAGGCAAACCCAUGAAAUUCCUAAAUGACCUGGACAUCGACUCAGACGGGGUCAUAUAUUUCAGUGACUCUAGUUACCGUUGGCAACGCCGUCAAAAUAGACAUGCUGUUCUUGAAAACACCAAAACAGCAAGGGUGUUCAAGUUUGACCCCAAGACUGGAGAAAAGUCAGUCAUACUUGAUGACCUCUGCUUUGCCAAUGGUAUACAGUUGUCUCCAGAUGAAGACUUCCUGCUAAUAACAGAAACAACAUAUGCACAAGUAAAAAAAUAUUACCUGAAGGGUCCAAAGAAAGGACAGGUUGAGGUAUUUGCUGAUAACCUCCCUGGAUUGGUUGAUAACAUCCGACCAAGGCGAGCAGGGGGUUACUGGGUUGGGAUGGCCACAGUCAGGAAACAGCCAAUUUCUGUGUAUGACAUCAUUGCUGCAAGACCUUGGCUGAGUAAAUUAAUCACAAAGUUUAUAAGCCCGGAGUGGAUUGUAAAAGUUGUACCAAAGCAUAGCCUCGUGAUUGCCCUGGACGAAGACGGCAACAUCAUUGAGAGCCUCCAUGACACCACAGGACGCAAUAUUCCCUCUGUAAGCAGUGUACUUGACACUGGAGAGCACCUCUAUUUUGGAUCCUACCAUGCUGAAUUCCUGGGCCGAUUGAGCCUAAAGUAAAAGUUCCAUAAUCAUAGAUAUGCAAUCAGGAGUGACUGUGGUUCCCUCAAAGAAAGCUUGUGUUCAGUUACAGUUUAAAUUCUAGAAAAACCUGAAAUGAUUGUUUAAAGGCCUUAAUUUUUUCAUUUUGCUUUCAAAUGUGAUAAAGUGGUGAAGUAAUUGAAGUUACUUGUUGCUGAACAAGUUUAAUAAAUUUCAGGUAUUUGUAACAUUUGUGGUAUUUCUUGAAAAGCGAGUGGAAACCCUUUUAUAAUUAGGAUAUCAACAGUUACCAAGGUAAUAAGCUAUUUGGGGGAGGAAAACUUACAGUAAAUUGUCAAAAAUCAAAAUUACCGAUUGUAGCCUAGAUUUGGGGAAUUUUUUUGGAAUGUUGGUCGUAUUUUCUCUACAACUACAAUGGCAGUAUAGUUGUCGUACAUUCUUUGUGUGUUUUUUUACAUUUUCUUUUUUUCAGGUUAAAACAUUGCGAUUUAAUGCUUGACAUUUAGAGGGAAAUCUGAGUUCUUAAAGUCUUGAUGAAAGACGUGGAUGUUGGAGUGUAUUCCCCCUUUAAAGUUUCAGAAUUUACAGCCUUAGUCAGUACAGCAGAAGGAUGGUGUAUGGUUUUGAUGAUUUUUUUAAAUAAAAGAACAUGUUUUCUUUUUGUUUUGGAAGAAAAGGAGAAAUUUGAAAGAUAGUGGUGGAAGGCGAAACAGUCCUUUUUGUUCUUUACUUCAGUUUGAGUGUGCACAUCAGCAUAAAUUUGGACUCAAAUAAAAAAGACUCUUAUCUUUAUCACCAUCUAGAAAGUCUCCCAUAUAAUGUGUCAUUUCAAAUGCAAGAUAUGUGCAUGCAUAUGUUUGGAGAAAAAAAGUUUUACAAUGAAAAUGAAUAACCAGUGUGUUUUAUUUUACUUGGGAAACAGCCAAGAAUUUGGUAUAGUAAACAUUAAUAGCAAUACAUUUAGGUUUGUGCAGGUUAGUUAUGUCGCCCUCUUGUGGUUAAACCAGCAGCUUGAGUUUGUGGAAAAACUGGAAAGAUUUAAAGUAACUACCUAUGCUUAUGGAAUUGUUUUUUUCUUUAGGCAUGUACAUUUUAGUCAGAUUUUUCAAAGCUCAUGACAUGUACUUUUGUAUUGAUAUUGCUUUCUUUCCCAGACCAGGGUGAAAAUAUGAAUUGGCAAUAUGAAAGGAAUAUUUGUUAUUACAUUGGAUGCCAGUGGAUCUGAAAUUAUGCAUUUUAUAAUAAAAAAUAAUGAUUUUUUACUUUUUAAAAAUGUUAUAGCUCUCAUGAGGAAAAAAUACAGGUACUGCAUUGAUUCUGAACUUUAAUUCAGUCUCCAAUUUUUGCUUGUUGUACGGUCACUUAUGCUCAGAAACAGAGAAUUGAAUUACUCGUCCUUGCGUUGUUUUUCCACAAAACAGACCUGUUUGGACUGUGGGUUUUCUUCAGUGCUACUUUAUGAACACAUUUUGGGAAUUCAAAGCAAAAACAAAGCACCACGACAAAGCCAAGCUAAAUGGGAAAAGGACAAGCAAACAAAACAAUCUGGGAAAAACGGCUGCCUUUAUAAAAUGACACUUCAAUAAGGUACCUUGACCUCGGUGGUCCGUGUUAUUAGACUGUGUGCCAAAAAGAUAUGAUUUUUCCAAAGUUGUGGUGGGCCAUGGCUGAGAGUGAUGGACUCCUAGUUCUCCCCAAAUAUUUAAAAGUGACUUUUGCCUAACAUAACUAUGAAUAAUCAGGCUUGGGAGGUGGAUAAUUUUCUUCUUGUUAGGACAAAAAGGAAAACUUUUAUUUAUUAUUUUGUUUACAUUUUGACUAAUUUUGUAAAAGUUUUAUGGGAUGCUUAUGCCCCAAGUCAUUUAUGCACUGUAUCUUAACACAAAAAUUUGCAGCGAAAUUGUAAGCUUUUUUGCCUUUUAGUCCACAUAUCUUUUUAACCAUUUGUUAAAAAAGUAUAGCACAACAUGAUGUUUCAUUGAAAUGGGGCAUAAUUUUCAAGAUAGAUUAUCAAAUAUUUACACUUGACCUACCGUUUUACCUCCGUUUUAUUAUUUGAAUGGGGAUUAAGUGGGUUGUGUGUCUGUUUCGUUGGCUUGUUUUGGAUUGGGCCGUUUGAAUUUUGGGCGCUUUGCUAGUACCAUUCUACAUUGCAGGGCAUUUCAAGUUUGGAUAUAGAGUCUCUAGUUUGUGAGAACAUACGUGUGGUAAAAUGAAAUGAUUGGGGUUUACUCUAUUUACAACACCAUUCACACCUAUCCAGGGGUCAGGCAUUGCACUGCCUUUAAUUUUUCAUUUGCAGAAACUGGCUUUAGGGAUUUGCUUUUACCCAUUUAUAAAAUCUUAAUCUUGCACGUACAUUGUACAGUGUAAUAAGUAGUGCAUCAGCAAUAAACUGGAAGCUGGCGUCUCUGAAAA